AUGCUCCCAUACCACCACCAGUACCUCCCCCUCAACUACGACACCUAUGCCUACGACAUCGCCCUGCCACCGCCCCAGCCAGAGCAGCCCCCCACACACAUGUUCACAGACACCCCACAGACCCUCAUUCCCACCCCCUCGGACCUGCUCCAUCGCCACAGCCUUGACAAGCCAAAACAUCCCCUCCCCCCGACAUCAGACCUCGACGCUGCUCUGGUAAACAAAACAGAGACACAGCGCAAGGCCCGCCAGCGUGCUGUCGCCGAGGAAAUUGGCUUCGUGCCCACCGACCCGGAUACGAUUUCGUCGCAUGAGAAGAAGCGGCACUACCUAGAGUGCUUGGAACAUUACGUCCUGUACUUGCACGAGCAACUCAGACUCGUGCACACGCCCCCCUUGGCCCUCGAGCGCGUCUCCACUUACAGGGGUCUCUCCUCGCGCAGCAUUCGCACGCUUCUCGUGCACAUGCAGAGCGUCAACAAAAACCUCCACCAGAGUAUUCUGGCCGAGGAACAAGUCUUUCUGGACUUGUCCGCUGAAGUGGUCGUCGCGCACGAUGGAAAUGAUUCGUAUCGACACGUGGACCCCUCGUCUAAUUAUAUAGCUGAGCCGGGUUCCGUCGUCUUCGGUUCCGAGGGCGGCACGUACGACUCGAGCAGUCCGUCCUCGAGUGGGGGCAGCGGCUUCGAUGGCAUGGGAUUCCCAUUCGGAGGGCAACUGUAG